CUGUCUCUCCAUCUCUAUCUCUCUCUCUAUAUAUAUAGAAUAAGAGCCGAGCCGUGGAAGCAUUCUGUUUCCGAUACAUCUCUCUGACAAUGGAGCACUCCCCGCCAAUAUUCCAUGUGUUGAUGAUUUUAGUGCUGUGGACGGUGGUAACAGCGGCGUUCAUAGGGACCGCUGAGGGCCGCCGCCACCACCGGCGGGGCGGUAGCGAGACGGGGCUAGAAGCCUUCCACUACGCGGCGGCAGGGGCAGGAGGAUGCCGGGCCCACGUGGCCAGCCUGACGGACUUCGGCGGGGUGGGCGACGGGGUGACCUCCAACACGGCGGCCUUUGCGGCGGCCGUGGCCAACCUCAGCAAGGUCGCGUGCGACGGCGGCGCGAUGCUGGUGGUGCCGGCCGGCCGGUGGCUCACCGGGCCCUUCAACCUCACCAACCACUUCACCCUCUUCCUCGACCACGACGCCGUCAUCCUCGCCACUCAGGAUAUCAAUGAGUGGUCGAUCAUUGACCCUUUGCCCUCCUACGGCACGGGAAGAGAUACGGCUGGGGGUAGAUACAGUAAUCUCAUCAUGGGAGAUAACCUAACCGAUGUGGUCAUAACAGGGCAUAAUGGAACUGUCGAUGGACAAGGUGAAACCUGGUGGGAAAUGUUCAAUAACAAAGAACUCAAUUACACUCGUGGAUACCUCAUUGAAUUGAUGUACUGCAGACAAGUGCUGAUUUCCAACAUUACAUUGGUCAACUCUCCAUCGUGGAAUGUCCAUCCAGUGUACAGCAGCCACGUAAUCGUCUCAGGCAUCACAAUUCUUGCACCAGUCAACUCUCCGAACACUGAUGGGAUCAAUCCAGACUCAUCCUCCAAUGUCCGCAUUGAGGACUGCUACAUAGUCUCAGGCGAUGACUGCAUCGCCAUUAAAAGCGGGUGGGAUGAGUACGGGAUUGCAUUCAACAUGUCAAGCAAACACAUAGUGAUCAGAAGGCUCACCUGCAUCUCCCCCACAAGCGCUGUCAUCGCCCUGGGAAGCGAGAUGUCGGGAGGAAUCCAAGAUGUCCGGGCCGAAGACAUCACGGCCAUCCACUCCGAAUCCGGCGUCAGGAUCAAGACGGCCAUCGGAAGGGGAGCUUACGUGAAGGACAUAUUCGUGAGAAGAAUGAAUCUGCACACCAUGAAGUGGGUCUUCUGGAUGACGGGCACCUACGGGCAGCACCCGGACGACAAAUUUGAUCCGAAAGCCAUUCCGGUGGUGCAGAAUAUCAGUUACAGCAACGUGGUGGCCGAGAACGUGACCAUGGCCGCGAAGCUGGAGGGGAUUCCCGGCGCGCCCUUCACCGGAAUAUGCAUCUACAAUGUGACGGCGGAGGUGGUGAAGUCGAAGAAGCCGAUAUGGAACUGCACCGACGUGGAGGGCGUAUCGAGUCACGUGACGCCCACUCCCUGUGAGCAGAUUCCGGAAUCUCCAGAUCGUAUAACGCAUUGCCCCUUCCCUGAAGAUGUUCUACCUGUGGAUUGUGUUGGGCUGAAGGAGUGUUCUUAUCAGAGAACCAAACCAUGAGUCGAGAUGCUUUCUACAUCCAAAUCGAUGAAAUAAUUAAUAUUUUUUUACCGUUUAAUGGCAUAAACUAUGAUGUCCUGAAGCUUGGCAGAUUAAAUUGUUUGCCUUGAACAAAGUAUUUUUCACAGAGUUGAAACAUAUGUAGAUGUCAUGCAAAUAAUGGUACACUCAAGUUAAUUUACAUAAUUUACAGCA